UCAGCUUUUGAGGCGUGCGCUAUGUUGAUUCUUCUCCAAAAUUGAGAGUGAAGGUGAAUCUGAGCGUCCUCUCCGCAUAAUGCUGCUUUCCAGAACCAGCAAUGAAUUUUGCGAAGCUUUCUGCUGAUUAAUGCUUUAAAUUUUCAGCAAUUUAUGUGAAGGAGAAUGGAUUAUGCGUGCGCGCGCUGCCACCAGCAUGACAAGAAUCGAGUUGAGAGCGCGCGCGGCAGACAAAUGGCAAUUUUAGUCAUUAUGUUGUUUUUUGUUGUGCUUCUUCCAUAUGCGCUCACAGCACACUUGGCUGUCAUAUCCCCCCAGGAUCCAGUGCUUCACAUCGGCUCGAGCUUGACUGCGGUGUGCACCAUUAGUGCCGAGCUAGAAAUAACAGCCAGAUCCUUGUACUGGACGCUGAAUGGAAGACGCUUGGCUAGAAACACUUACAGGGUCCUGAGCCCGACCGAAUCCAGCGUAACACUUCAUCAACUCAAUGGCUCCUUGCAGCAGUCAGGAGACAACCUGGUUUGCCACAGAAGUAACGGAGAAGUGUUGGCCGGAUCGUGUCUUUAUGUCGGCUCGCCCCCUGAGAAACCUGUCAACCUGACAUGCUGGUCACGAAACACCAAGGAUCUCAGCUGCAGAUGGAGUCCGGGAAGUCAAGGAGAGACGUUCAUCAACACCAAAUACAUCCUCAAGUACAAACUAAAAUGGUACGGUAAAGAGAAAGACUGUGAGGAAUACACAGGACAGCCGUAUAUAUGCUACGUUCCUCGCGACCUUGCCAUUUUUACACCAUAUGAAGUUUGGGUGGAGGCAUCUAAUCAGCUCGGCUCUGCCACUUCUGAUGUCAUCACCUUAGACAUUUUAGAUGUAGUAACUACAGAUCCGCCUCCUGAUGUCCUUGUGAGCCGUGUUGGAGAUCUGGAAGAUCAGUUAAGUGUACGUUGGGGCAGUCCUCCUGCCCUGAAAGACUACCUGUUUCAGGCCAAGUAUCAGAUACGAUACCGUGUGGAGGACAGCGAUGAAUGGAAGGUCAUAGAUGAUGCUGGGAACCAGACGUCUUGUCGGUUAGCGGGUCUCAGGGCAGGUACAGUGUAUUUCGUCCAGGUACGCUGCAACCCGAUAGGCGUCUACGGCUCGAAGAAAGCAGGUAUUUGGAGCGAUUGGAGCCACUCAACUGCCGCAUCGACACCUGGCAUCGACAGGUCACAUAUUGGCUCAUGCGAUUUAAAGCCCAGCGAGCACAACUCAACACUACGAAAGGAGCUCAAGCAGUUUUUCGGCUGGAUGCGCAAACACUCUUACGGCUGUACCGACGUCAGCAUCAAACUCUACGACCAAUGGCGCGUCUGGCUACAGAAAGCCCAGAAAACGCACGACCAGGUCAGUAAGGACAAAAUGCACCUCCAUAUGCGACACAUAUCAAGACAACAAAUCAUUACUGUUGGCACACAUGAUAUAGGGCUUGUUCAAGAAAAAAAAAAGACGCAUUUUGCGGUUUUAUGUGACCCACAAAAAAAGAGAACCAAAGGAUCUGUUUAUUCUUUUGAUCAAUAGGCUCACAUUUGAUUGCAUUUACUAAUAGCGAAGCAUCAUAUAAUCUUCAGACGUUACCACAACAGAGAGGAAACAGCCACUCAAAGUAAUCAGCCGGAAUGCUAAUAAAUUCCUUUUAGGUUAGACUGCGCGGCAAAGCUUCAGCUGCGAACCAACAGAGCCCGAGAAGUCUUGUGUGGCGUUCUCGAACGCUAACCGACAUCCGCUGCACGCUCUCUGAACCGAUUCAGUGGUUACUGUUGCUUUGGCACUGACGACUGUUGGGAAACUUAGGUCGCUUCAUUAGUCACACUGUCCCUUUGAAGAACACGAUGUAACUGCCACAAGAAUGGCUGGUACCAAUUACGCUUCUCUGUCCCCAUACAUCAACUCAUCACAUUCACUUGUAAAUGCCAUUGUCUUGCCUUUCAGGUACUACAAAGCGGUAAAUCAUAGUGAAACUCUAAAGAAGGCUUGGGAGAGUUUGCGGGGGCCUGCGACGACAAGGUUUUUAUCACUCUCCAGUGCUUGGGACUUUCAUUUGGAUGAGCCAAGACUCUCCGAAGGAAUCCGCAAGGAGCCUGUCAUUUGGUGACAUGAUCUACUGUUUGCCUCCUGCUGUAGUCCCCAUCAAAUACCACUAAAUAAA